UCCAAGUUGGGAUUUUAAAAUCUGAAGUCGUGGGAAAUUCUUGACACAUCCUAGAAUUUUUUUCAAUAAAUAUUUCGAGGUACUCGGUUCCAGUUUUUUGCAUUGAAAUGAAGUCAAUAAUUUUUUGUCGCUGGAUUAUUUUCUUUCUCGGGAUACUUGAAGUAACUAGUGACCUAGAAUACAAAUUCGUGAAUGUGAUUUUUCGCCAUGGAGAUCGAACUCCGAUGAAUCAACCUUACGAAUCAUUUCGAACAAGCCCAUAUGCAAAAUCGGAUUUUUCUCCUUACGGUCAUGGACAAUUGACAAACAAAGGAAAGCAACGUGUUUAUGAACUGGGUAAAUACAUGCGCACACGUUUUGGCCAGUUUCUGGGGGAUAUAGACGAUCCUAACGCGGUAUCCGCGCGUAGUACUCAUACUGACAGAACGCACAUGUCUCUUCAAGUGGCGAUGGCGGGUAUGUUUCCCCCUGGUCGUCACCAAAAAUGGAAUUCAGAACUAAAUUGGCAGCCAGUGGUGAUGAAUGUUCCAUCACCUGACGACGACUUCUUGCUUUUCCACCGACACCCGGAGUUUGAACAGCAGCGCGCUUGUAUCCUAAAAUAUCCGCAGCUUCGGGCAGAAAUUGAAACAUUGAGUGAUUUUGCGAAAAAUCUGAGCGACUGGAUCGGUGCUCCAGUCACGGAUACUAAACAGUACAACUUUAUUUAUCAUGGUUUAGAGUCACUAGAGUCCAUGGAAUAUUCUCUUCCUUCAUGGGCUACAGGGAUUUAUCCGAGAGGUCUAUUACUAGAUGCUGUCUAUCAAGAAUAUCAAGUGCUAAAUUACAACUGGAAAAUGAGGUGCCUCAGUGGAGGAACGCUUUUAAAGAAAUUCACAGAUAACAUGUUAAAUGCUGCGAGUGGAAAUGGCCAAUCAAAAUUGAAGAUAGAAUUACUAGCCGCCGACGACAUAAAUAUCGUUUCGUUGUUGAGAAUACUUAACCUCUACGAACCUCACAUACCAAAAUAUACCAGCGCCAUUUUUGUUGAAUUACUGGGGGAUGGUGAUAAAUAUUUUAUCAACAUUCAUUAUUAUCUGGGGAGCCCAUCGGCGACAGAAUCGCUAAGAAUCCCCGGAUGUGGAGAACUAUGUCCUCUGGAAGAGUUUGUGAAACUGUUUCGCAGGUCCAUGCCAACGGCUGAGACUAUUUGUUGGCCAAGAUGGUAUUCCCUCAAAAAUGUUUUCUAUUACUAGUAUUCAUGUAGUCAAUUAGAUGUAUCGGAAGGGUAAUAAAGAAGAGAAAAAUAUUCAUCUGAUCCCUGUAAAA